AUGGGUCGCGGGCGCGGCAAGGUGGAGGUGCGCCGGAUCGAGAACAGCGUGAGCCGGCAGGUGACCUUCUCGAAGCGGCGGCGCGGGCUGGCGAAGAAGGCGCGGGAGCUGGCCGUGCUCUGCGACGUCGACGUCGCGCUGCUCAUCUUCUCCGACAAGGGCAGGCUCCACGACUUCGCCGCGCACGGCAGCAGCAUGGAGAGAAUCCUUGAUCGAUAUGAGAGGUACUUACUUUGUGAAGAUAGGGAUGUGACGGAAGAUUACCCUGAAGAAUCACAGGGGAACAUGAGCUAUGACCACAUCAGGUUGAGGUCCAAACUUGAAGCUCUACAGAAGAGCCAAAGGAAUCUCAUGGGGGAGCAACUUGAGUCCCUGACAUUCAGAGAGGUACAUCAACUUGAGCACCAGAUAGACAGCGCUCUGAGGAAAAUCAGAUCCAGGAAGGUCCACAUCUUGCUCAACUCGAUCGAGGAGCUCCGAAACAAGGAAGCUUUUCUGAUGGAACAAAAUAGCAUUCUAGAGAAGGAGAAGGCUGCACUGGGGGAAUCCCUGCACACCACCAACACCGCAGCUUCCUCUAUGGCAGUAGCAGCCGCCCUUCCAAACCUCAACAUCUGUCCCGGCGACUCCGACGAGCCAGGAAGGGCGGCGGCGCCGCCAGGAGCGGCGAUCAGCUUGCCGUGGUGGAUGCUCCAGCCACCUGCCGUCAGCCAACGGCAGGAGCAGCACUGA